AUGGCGGUGUAUGAAGAGGAGAAAAUAUUCGAGCAGGUAAUGGACGUAGAAGACGACGGCGACGAGGAAGAGGAAGAGGGGGUGGAGGAAGAGGAUGACGACGACGAGGAGGAAGUUCUGAACAGCGGCGGAGGUAGGGCGCCUGUAGCUUCGGUUGACGGAGACGAUGAGGAGGAAGACGACGGAGAGAACGAAGACGACGACGGAGACGAUGACGACGACGAUGACGACGACGACGACGACGAUGAAGAUGAGGAGGAAGAGGACAGCGACAACGAAGAAGACGAAGAAGAAGAAGAAGAGGGCGAUCUUGGGACAGAGUACCUAGUGAGGCCGGUGGGCCGUGCUGAGGACGAGGAAGAUGCCAGUGAUUUCGAGCCACAAGAAAACGGUGAAGAGGAUUUUGAGGAGGGAGAUGAAGAUGAUGAUGAAGAUGAUUCGGGCGGAAAACUCGAGGCCCCACCAAAGAGAAAGCGCUCGUCCAAGGAUGAUGACUCGGAUGACAGUGAUGGUGGAGAGGAUGACGAGAGACCGUCCAAACGAUAA